GGAAUGGGUUCGAAUUUUGAAGAGUCCAAGGCAGUUUUCGAUUCUUAUUUUGAAAAAGGAGGAAAUUUCAUCGAUACUGCUAACUUCUACAAUUUUGGCGAGAGUGAACGUUUUCUCGGUGAAUAUAUAGCUGAUAAACGUUCUCAAGUUGUAAUUGCCACUAAAUAUACUGGAAAUAUUACUGCUAUGAAGCCAAAUGUCAAAUUCAACCCAAAUGCCGGUGGAAACCAUCGAAAAUCGCUUGUUGAAAAUCUCGAUGAAAGUCUUAAACUAAUGGGGACUGGAUAUACUGAUCUCCUGUAUGUUCACGCUUGGGAAUUCCGUACUCCGAUUGAAGAAGUUAUGCGUUCUUUAGAUGACGUUGCAUUCUAUAUCGCGAUCAGCAAUACUCCUGAAUGGGCGAUUAGUCGUGCGAAUACCAUAGCUGAGUUUCGUGGUUGGAGUCGUUUUAUCGGUUUACAAACUCGAUAUAAUUUAUUAAAUCGAUCCUUGGAAUUUGGUUUACAAUCUGCAUGCGCUGAACUUGAAAUUGGAAUUAUUCCUUGGGGAUGUAUUGCUGAAGGAUUCUUAACUGGAAAAUACACCAAAGAAUCGGUUGCAAAUUCAGAUAAGACUGGUGGGCGUAAUUACUCAAUUCCUAAAUUAGCGGCUGAAGAAAAAAAUUGGGCAAUUCUUGAUGAAGUUAAAGCUAUAGCUUCUGAAAUUAAUAAAAGUCCUGUUCAAGUCGCUUUGAAUUGGAUCUUACAAAAACCUGGCAUUACUUCACCUCUUAUAGGUGCUAGAACAAAAGCUCAAUUAGAUGAAAAUCUUAAAGUUCUUGAAUUCAAGUUAACACCUGAACAAAUGGCAAGGUUAGACUCUAUUUCUGCACCAACGGAUGCACCAUUUCCUUAUAAUUUUCUUGAGCAGUUUGAUGCAUAUAUUAGUAAAAGCAUUCAAAGUCCUGACAAAUUUAAGCCUUUGAGAAAAGUUAUGGGUGACUUACAUAAAAACCUUUGA